AUGGAGUUACAACAGCAAGGAGCUAUUCUAGCACAGAUGCAAGUACAACCAUCUUGGGUUCAGGAAGUUGCAGAAGCACAGAAUGCAGAAGCACAGAAGAAAGAUGCACAAAUAGCCCUAUGGGUUAAACAAAUCCAGGCAGAUCAUGGUGGGAAAUUUAGAUUGGAUAGCAAUGGAGUUUGGUUUUAUGCAGAUAGAAUUGUUGUACCACAGACAGGGGAGGUUAGACAAAAGAUUCUGCAUGAAGCUCAUAACAGUCCAUAUACAAUGCAUCCAGGUAGCACCAAGAUGUAUCAAGAUUUGAAGAAAGACUACUGGUGGCCAGGCAUGAAGAGAGACAUCGGAGAUGUUGUAACAAGAUGUUUAACAUGUCAACAGUCAACAAGUAAAAGCGAAAUUCAACUGCCAUCCGGGUUACUCCAUCCAAUAACAUGCACGAACUAUUGUGAAGAUGGGAUCAGAUCAACGAGGACUUUGUUAACUGGCUUACCUCAGAUCGCAGCAGAAGCAUGA